UGGGUGCAUAUGCGCACCGCCCACUGGCGUUUGUGACGCAUAAGUGGUUAUUGGGAAGUGCUUGCUUUUCCGAGGCGAGGUACAGCUGUUGGCCAGGCCCGUCUUGCUUCUGGCCAGCAGCUUGUCUGUGGGGGGUCAUCAAUGUAACGGAUAUUAACCGUGUGCAUCCAGCUUCGCCAUGGGUCAGGACAGAGGAAAGUAUGACUUUUACAUCGGACUGGGGUUAGCCAUCAGCUCCAGCGCUUUCAUCGGGGGAAGCUUCAUCCUCAAGAAGAAAGGCCUGCUUCGCCUGGCCAGGAAGGGCUCCAUGCGAGCGGGUCAAGGUGGACACGCCUAUCUGAAAGAGUGGCUUUGGUGGGCUGGCCUGUUAUCCAUGGGAGCUGGAGAAGCAGCUAAUUUUGCAGCCUACGCAUUUGCCCCAGCCACGCUCGUCACCCCGUUAGGAGCCCUGAGCGUGCUCGUCAGCUCGGUCCUGUCCUCGCACUUCCUCUCGGAGAAGCUAAACCUGCACGGGAAGCUGGGCUGCGUGCUGAGCAUUCUGGGAUCCACCACCAUGGUGAUCCACGCCCCCAAGGAGGAGGAGAUCAGCAGCCUGGAGGACAUGGCCAAGAAGCUGGUGGAUCCGGGCUUCUUGAUAUUUGCGACCUUUGUUGUCAUCGUGGCCCUCAUCUUGAUCUUCGUGGUGGGGCCUCGCCACGGACAGACCAACAUCCUGGUGUACAUAGCCAUCUGCUCCGUCAUCGGGGCGCUGUCUGUGUCCUGCGUCAAAGGCCUGGGCAUCGCCAUCAAAGAGGGCAUCGCGGGGAAGCCCACCAUCAGGAACCCGCUGUCCUGGAUCCUGCUGGUCAGCCUGGUGACGUGCGUCAGCACGCAGAUCAACUACUUGAACAAAGCGCUGGACAUCUUCAACACCUCCCUGGUGACGCCCAUCUACUAUGUCUUCUUCACCACGUCGGUGCUCACCUGCUCCGCCAUCCUCUUCAAGGAGUGGGAGCACAUGGGCUCGGACGACGUCAUCGGCACGCUCACCGGCUUCGUCACCAUCAUCAUCGGCAUCUUCCUCCUCCAUGCCUUCAAGGACGUCAGCAUCAACCUGGCCAGCCUGGCCGUCAGCAUCAGGAAGGAGGAGCGGGCCGCGCCCCUGGCCAACGGCCUGGGAGGACACGCCUCCUACGAGCUGCUGGACAACGACACCUCAUUGGACAUGGAGGACAUGGAGGUGGGCCCGCCCUUCGACAGCAUCUCCAGGAGAAACGGGACUACAGCAGCCUUGUAGGGACAUUUUAAGGAACUAGCUGUGCAGACUGCCCGGUGGAAGUUGUGCAUUUGUUUGAAAUUUCAGACAAUCUAUACUUAAAAAAAGACUUGGAUGGACCAAUGGAUUGUGCUAAUAUUUCUGUUUGCCUUAUCUGUCACAUGGAAUUUAACAUGACUACAUGAUUAGGUUCCAUCUCACCCAUGUAGCAUUGUAAAUAUUAUUCCCAAUGUUUUUAAAUGAUUUUCUUAUACUUUCUGUACAGAGAUCUGUAUUUACAUGCACAGGGUUCAUUUCUAUAAAUUAAUUUGUCGGUUCCCUUAACUUUAUAAUAAAUCCAACCCUUGUGGGAACAAAUGUCCCUUGAACUGUUGCUGCA